AGCGUUCAUGGCAACGGAUCACACUAAUUCGUCGGAAAUUUCUCUGUUCUUCCAAUAAAGCUCUGCAAUAUUAGCCAUUAAAGAGGUGAAGUAUGAAACUAUAAGUACCUAACCCAUUAAACUCAUCUUACCGUCUCCUUCAAUCCGUCCUUUUCCUUUGCGUUUUCCCCUCUUUUUUCAAUUCCUCCCCCUUCCAACUUGAAACGUCACCAAUCUCUACAAUCCACUGCUAUUAUGCCCUUAUAUACUGCAAAUUUGGCUGCUAAACUUCCACAUGGGUUCGGUUUGAGCGGAAGGAGCAGUACUUCCUUACCCAACUAUGCAGGUUUUAAAUGUUCCUUCUUCUUCCCUUCCACCCACAUCCAUACUUCUUCCCCUAAUCGAACCUAUUCGUCUGUUUCUUCAUCUUCGUCCAUAAUGGAAGACCAGAAAAGGGUCGGUCCUUUGGUUUCUGGGUCGGAAUCACUUUCUCAAGAACUUAAAGUCGCCGUCGGAGCUGUUCAGAUGGCUUGCUUUCUUUGUCAAAGAGUUCAGAGCAACUUGCUUAAGAACAAUGCCCAAAUUCAAGCCAAGGAUGACAAUUCCCCUGUUACUGUAGCUGAUUGGAGCGUUCAGGCAAUUAUCAGCUGGAUUCUGUCAAAAUCUUUUGGAAGUAAAAAUGUAUCAAUUGUUGCUGAGGAGGAUGUUCAGACUCUUUCCAAGCCUGGGGCAGACCGAUUGUUGAAAGCUGUUGUGGAAACUGUAAAUGAGUGUCUUUGUGAGGCACAUCGUUUUGGAUUGGAAAAUCCAGAAGGAACCCUCUGUUCUUCCGAGGUGCUCGAAGCCAUCAGCCGAUGCAACUCUUCCGGCGGUUCAACUGGAAAAUUUUGGACACUUGACCCUGUGGAUGGCACCUUGGGGUUUAUACGUGGGGAUCAAUAUGCUAUAGCUCUAGCAUUGAUAGAAGAUGGAGAAGUGGUGCUGGGGGUUCUGGGGUGUCCUAAUUACCCAAUGAGAAAGGAAUGGCUAUGUUACCAUCCUCGCUACCAUAGAAUCAUAACCAAAUUAUCAGCUGCAACAUCAGAUUCUUGGGACAAAGGUUGUGUGAUUUAUGCCCAGAAAGGUAGCGGUGAGGCUUGGAUGCAACCACUGGUUCAUGAAACUAAGAAAUUGGUAUGGCCUAACUCUGCUAUACCAAUUCAAGUAUCCUCCAUUGAUGAUCCAGCAUUGGCUACAUUCUGUGAACCAGUUGAGAAAGCAAAUUCAAGCCAUUCAUUUACUGCAGGGCUUGCUCAUAGCGUUGGACUUAGGAACCAACCAUUGAGAGUGUACAGCAUGGUGAAAUAUGCAGCCAUAGCCCGUGGUGAUGCUGAAAUCUUCAUGAAGUUUGCAAGGGCUGGUUACAAGGAGAAGAUAUGGGAUCAUGCAGCCGGUGUGGUUAUCAUACAAGAAGCUGGUGGUGUAGUCACAGAUGCAAGAGGCCGUCCACUCAACUUCUCAAAAGGUAUGUAUUUGGAAGGCCUCGACCGAGGAGUCAUCGCUUGCGCUGGAGCCAACCUUCAUGACAAAAUAAUCAGAGCAGUCGACGCAAGCUGGAACUCCUCUUGCCUAUGAUAUUAUGGCUUCUUGUAUGGUAACAGGGGGAAGAAGAAGAAGAAGAAGCAAAGUUUGGUUUCAACUGCAACUUUUGGUACAUGUGAGUUCCACAGAAACUUUCUUAUUAUUCAGUACAAGCUUGUAUUUCUUGUAAAAACCCUGCUUAAAUCUUUAGUCUGGAGGAAGCCUUAUACUCUCUUUUGCAGCCUCUUCCUGCUCAAGUGUUAGUUUCAAACAAUAACCUCAAACAGCAAACUCAGUCAAUAUUGAUAUGAAAAAUAAUACUCAUAAGAACAAA